UUGAGGUUUGGGAUAGGGAGUGUUUUCGCGGCUGAUUUUAUUUUUAUUUCUUAUGUCUCAUAAACGUUGUUUAGAUCACCACUGAGGAUAGGUAGCGACAAUGUUUUUCUCUCAAGAAGCAAGGUGUGUUGUGUCUACGUUUCGUUAUAGUAACUUUGCGAGAAUACCACAAGUCGGAAUAAACCUACCACAAUACUUUACAUGGAAAUUCUGUAACUACUAUAGAAUUGGUCGCCCACAAGAUAAUGACAGGUGUAGAAGUAAAUCGUGUGCUUUACGUCGGUCUAGUAUAAAGUCCGAAGAUAAUUUCAAGAGCACUAGAUGUACCGUUCCAUUUAGUUCGUUUUUGGAACAAGCAACUGGGACUUGGAAAACCACAUUGGGCUUGAAAUCGGCUUCAGUGCAAACACUUGGGUUUACUCGUUUCUGUCGUCCGAGCAUGAGCAAUCGAAAGACACCUGAUAUGCUGCAUGUAUCUGAAUGUGUUUUCUAUCGGGGUAUCGAAAUAUGUCCCAUUCGAUCCUCCACGGUUAUGAUUCUGUCAAGAGCUUUAUCCGCAGGUACUAAGCAGAAGCAAGUCACUUGGGUGAAGGGAGAACCACCUAUCGGGGACAAAAAGGUACAGUCUUCCAUGAACCCAAAAGGGGAUGCUGAAAAAACAGCGCCUGAAGAGAAACAAAGUAAAGCAAAGCAGCUGAAGAAUGUAUUUAAAGAAUAUGGCGCUGUUGGUGUGUCAUUCCACAUCGGAAUAUCCCUGAUUUCUCUUGGGAUUUUCUACCUUGGUCUGUCUAGUGGUAUCAAUAUGGCUGCUGUCCUGUGUAAGAUUGGCUUCAAUGAAUCUGUAGUUCAGUCGAAGAUGGCUGCUGGCACCAGCACAUUUGUGCUAGCAUAUGCUCUUCACAAGCUCUUUGCCCCACUUCGGAUCAGCAUCACUCUCGUCUCUGUACCAUUCAUAGUACGAUAUCUCAGGAAGACUGGACUGUUCAAACCUCCAUCAUCUAUCCUGUGAACAUCACAAAGGUGGUUUAAUCUACUGUUUGUUAUUGUAUAGUAACGUGAACCUAGCUAGAAUGAGCACCUCACACUGCUGCAUAACAUAAAAAGGUAGAACAAUCAAGGAUUCCAUGAAUUUAAAAAAAAUAUGAAUUUAAUUUACAAGAAUUGGAUUGAAAUUUCUUCAUGCUGACUCUGGAGCACAUAGUGUUGUAUCAUUCUGGGUAGUAUAGUAUUGCCUACAGUAUCUGCAUUUAUGAUGAAAUGUUUCAGCAUUCAGUUGUGUUUGCAUUCUGCAUAUUUAAUAUUUUAUUAUAAAUAUAUCUGUUUGUGCAUAUAGAUAAUUUCGGCUCUGGUUCAAAAUUAGGCAUUUAAUCACAAUUUCAUCUUUUUCUACCCUAUUAUAUUGUGUUCUAUUACAGUUUUUUUUAAUUUAUUUUUUUAUUUUUAUUUUUUUGAGGAUUUGGAAGUUCACUCUUUAGGUUAAUCAAGUACCCAGUAAUGCAAUACCAUUUAAAUGUUGUACUUUUACAAAUGUUGUUUGUUUGGAACCAUCCACUUUUUGUCCUAAGUCAAAGCACAUGUGGUGGCCACAUUGUACCCAUCAGGAAAAUGAGUUUUUGAUGAAACUUGCAUGUUUGUUUGCAAGGUUUACAAUACAUUUUUAACGCAGCUUGUAACAGUAUCUUAGUUUUGUCACAGAUUUUUUUGGAUCAUUUUUAAUGUUUAUCUAUUUAGUGUUUAGUGUAUCUCACUGGUUUAUGACAAGUGGUUUAAUUUUUUUUUUAAUUCGGGGGCAACCGUAUCGGCUGCACAGGAUAGUGGUGUAAAGUGGUCAGUGUGCAUCCAAAAGGAGAGCGUUUUGCCUGAUUGUGAUUUGGUUUAAAGAACCUGUUUGUAGAUUCAAAUGAUCUAAUCUAUAAACAAGUUUUUUUAUUGACAAAUACAUCCAGUUUAAGCAGA